CAUGUGUUGCUUUACGACACACGCAAUCGCUUUACGGAGGAGUGUAGCAUGUUCACUGAUGUUGACAUUUUAAUCCGUAGUUUAAGGAAAUAAAUAACUGCAAAUUUGAGUGUUUAUCGUAUACGAGUUCUGGAUUAUUUGUAGCUUGUUUCCAAGAUGGGAAAGCCGAAAAAGAAGAGUGACUUGAGCCGUGCAGAACUGAUGAUGAUGACAAUUGCAGAUGUCAUCAAGCAGUUGGUUGAGGCCCACGAACAGGGAAAAGAUAUUAACCUUAACAAAGUCAAGACAAAGACAUCAGCCAAAUAUGGUCUCUCUGCACAGCCACGGCUAGUGGACAUCAUUGCUGCAGUGCCACCUCACUACAGAAGAGCCUUGGUGCCCAAACUGAAAGCCAAACCCAUUCGGACUGCCAGUGGGAUUGCAGUUGUCGCUGUGAUGUGUAAGCCUCAUCGCUGCCCACACAUCAGUUUUACAGGCAACAUCUGUGUCUACUGCCCAGGGGGUCCGGACUCGGAUUUUGAAUAUUCCACACAGUCUUACACAGGAUAUGAGCCCACGUCAAUGAGAGCCAUCCGUGCACGAUACGAUCCUUACCUCCAGACUAGGCACAGAGUAGAACAGCUCAAGCAGCUUGGUCACAGCGUGGAUAAAGUGGAGUUCAUUGUGAUGGGAGGAACAUUUAUGGCUCUGCCGGAAGAGUACAGGGACUAUUUCAUCCGUAACCUCCACGACGCGCUGUCAGGACACACGUCCAACAACGUCACUGAAGCUGUCAGAUACUCUGAAUGCAGUAACAGCAAAUGUGUCGGCAUCACGAUUGAGACCAGACCUGACUAUUGCCUGAAGAGACACUUGAGUGACAUGCUGGCCUAUGGUUGCACCAGACUAGAGAUCGGUGUACAGAGUGUUUAUGAGGAUGUGGCUCGUGAUACCAACAGAGGACAUACCGUUCGGGCUGUGUGCGAAUCUUUCCAUCUUGCUAAGGAUGCUGGUUUUAAAGUUGUAGCCCACAUGAUGCCAGACUUACCCAAUGUCGGUAUGGAAAGAGAUGUGGAGCAGUUUAUAGAGUUUUUUGAGAAUCCUGCAUUCAGACCAGAUGGGCUCAAACUUUACCCUACACUGGUGAUUCGAGGCACUGGAUUGUAUGAGCUGUGGAAAACGGGCCGCUAUAAGAGCUACUCCCCCAGUGCCUUAGUGGAUCUAGUAGCACGAAUUCUAGCGCUGGUCCCACCAUGGACUCGUGUGUAUCGUGUACAGAGGGAUAUCCCAAUGCCAUUGGUGAGCUCUGGGGUGGAACAUGGCAAUCUGAGAGAGCUGGCAUUGGCCAGAAUGAAAGACAUGGGCACUGAGUGUAGAGAUGUACGAACCAGAGAAGUGGGCAUACAAGAGAUUCAUCACAAAGUUCAACCAUAUCAGGUAGAGCUGAUCCGCAGAGACUAUGUGGCUAAUGGAGGCUGGGAGACCUUCCUGUCUUAUGAGGACCCCGAGCAGGACAUUUUAAUUGGUCUCUUGCGUCUUCGUCGCUGCUCACCACAGUCCUUCCGGCCCGAGUUGAAGGGUGGCGUUUCCAUUGUUCGAGAGCUGCAUGUCUACGGAAGCGUGGUCCCUGUCAGCAGCCGAGACCCCAGCAAGUUUCAGCAUCAGGGUUUUGGGAUGAUGUUGAUGGAGGAGGCCAAAAGGAUAGCCAGGGAUGAGCACGGCUCGAGCAAAUUGGCUGUUAUCUCAGGUGUUGGAACAAGGAAUUACUACAGAAAAAUGGGUUAUGAACUGGAGGGGCCGUAUAUGGUGAAAAACCUUUACUGAAGCAGAGAGGAAUCCCUGGAGAAUAUCGUCUGACAUGCAGGACACUGACUUUAAGGGGAUCUUUACACCCCACCUAUAAUUGGACUGGGCAUGAGGACUACAGAGAGCGUGUGUGUGGUCAGUACAAAGCAGACUGCACUAUUCUGUUACAUGCCAGCCAAAGAGUGUAUUCUGUAGUUCUCUUAUAAAGACCAUGAUGCAAGUAUCAGUGCUUGUUAGAAAUGUACACCAUUCUCCCUUGGCCUUAGUAUACUUGCCAGUGCAUUUACUUCUCUGGGAUAACACUCAUAUAUUUUUGUUUUCUACUGACAACAUUGGACAUAAUGGAGGAAAAAAACUGCAGAGGCUUUGAGUUAUCCCGUUAUAAAAGCGCAUAUUUUUCAUUUGGAUUUGUGAGGGGAAAAUCAUUUAUGCUUGCUGCUUGGCACAUUUGAUUAAUCCACCAUUUUUCCUGUUGUUAAUUUUGAAGAUGGAUUCAUUGCAUUUUCAUGUUUUCUUGGCUGUGCAUGAAAAGAGUUCAUCUGGUCUUUUUUUUUAAUUAUUGUUAAUAAAAGAUAUUUAUCCAGGAUUUCAGUAAUUUUCACGAUUGUGCAUUGUCAUAAAUCGCAUGUUAGCACAAAGGCAGACGAUUUGGAUAGAGUCGAAUAGACAUAAUACAGCCAUCACUGAACAUU